AUGGCUGAAGUUGAGCACAAGAAGCAGCAGACAUUUCGCAAGUUCACCUACCACGGCGUGGACCUGGACCAGCUACUAGACAUGUCCUAUGAGCAGCUGGUGCAGCUGUACAUCACCCAGCAGAGGCAACGCCUGAACCGCAGCCUGCAGCAGAAGCAGCACUCGUUACUCAAGCACCUGAGAAAGGCCAAGAAGGAGGCACUGCCCAUGGAGAAGCCCAAGGUAGUGAAGACCUACCUGAGGGACAUGAUCAUCCUGCCGGAGAUUGUGGGCAUGUACAAUGACAAGACCUUCAACCAGGUAGAGAUCAAACCAGAGAUGAUCGGCCACUACCUGGGUGAGUUCUCUAUUACCUACAAGCCCGUGAAGCAUGACUGGCCUGGCAUCGGUGCCACCCACUCUUCCCAGUUCAACCCCCUCAAGUAA